GUGCCGAUCAUGCUUCCAAAGUACAUAGAGGUAAGAAUGAUUCCCGCCAUCAAUGUUUACGGCAAUUGGCAUGUAGACAUAAAAUAGAUCAUGCUUUAUCAGUUGAACAUUAUGGUAUAAUGAAUGACAGACCAAAUACCCCAGCACCUAAACAAGAAAAUAAGUUGGACCCAGACUCAGAUAAGGAUAAAGAUUCAGACGAGGACUCAGAUGCG